AUGGCCUACGUCGAUUCGUUACUGUCAAAAUGCAGUUUUUUCUCCCAACUCAAACAACUCCAAGCCCAUCUCGUAACCACUGGUAUUUUUCAAUUCUACACAUGCCGCGCUAAAUUCUUGGAUUUCUGCGCCGUCUCUUCCGCCGGCAACCUCCCUUACGCCGCCCAUAUCUUCCGCCACAUCACUUUCCCUGACAAGAAUGAAUGGAACGCCGUCAUUCGCGGCCUUGCCCAAAGCCCCAAGCCCAUUGAUGCUGUCAUCUUUUAUGUCUCCAUGUCUCGUUUGCCUUGUAAGCCCGACGCUCUUACUUGCUCCUUCACCCUCAAAGCAUGUGCCCGUGCAUUGGCGCGUUCUGAAACCCCACAGCUUCAUACCCAUGUGAUUCGAUUUGGGUUUGCAUCAGAUGUCUUGUUGCGCACAACUUUGCUCGAUGCGUAUUCCAAAUGUGGUGAGUUGGAUUAUGCGUGCCAAGUGUUUGAUGAAAUGGGUGUUAGAGAUAUAGCAAGUUGGAACGCGUUAAUUGCUGGGCUAGCUCAGGGGAACCGACCCACAGAAGCUUUGCAGAUUUUUAAGAAAAUGAGGGAGGAGAAUAUGGAACCAAAUGAGGUCACUGUGCUUGGUGCUCUCUCUGCUUGUUCGCAGUUGGGGGCGAACAAAGAAGGCGAACAUGUCCAUGAAUAUAUCAAAAUUAAGAAUCUUGAUUGCAAUGUGAUUGUUUGUAAUGCAGUUAUUGAUAUGUAUGCUAAAUGUGGUCUUGUUAGAAGAGCUUAUGAAGUGUUCAAUGAGAUGAAAUGCUCGAGCACUCGUGUCACGUGGAAUACCAUGAUUAUGGCACUGGCAAUGUAUGGAGAUGGAGAACAAGCGCUUGAGCUUUUCGAGACAAUGGGCCAAACUGGAAUUGAGCCAGACAGCGUUAGUUACUUAGCUGCAAUCUGUGCUUGUAACCAUGCGGGAAUGGUGGACGAAGGAAUGAAAUUGUUUGAUGCCAUGGAUAGAUGUGGAGUGAGUAAGAAUGUAAAGCAUUAUGGUAGUAUGGUGGAUUUGUUGGGAAGAUCCGGGCGGUUAGAUGAAGCUAAUAAAAUUGUAGAGUCGAUGCCUACGGUUCCUGAUGUGGUUCUAUGGCAAACUCUAUUAGGGGCUUCCAAGACUUACGGUAAUGUGGAAAUGGCAGAGAGAGCGUCCAAGAAGCUCGUUGAAAUGGGAUCAAAUCAUUGUGGGAAUUUCGUGUUGCUCUCCAAUCUUUAUGCGGCACAGGAGAGGUGGCAUGAUGUGAGAAGAGUAAGAGAGGCCAUGAAAGGCCAGGAUGUAAAAAAAGUACCGGGUUUUAGCUAUAUUGAGGUUGGUGGAACGAUAUACAAGUUCAUGAAUGGUGAUAUAAACCAUCCAAAGUGGAAGGAGAUUUAUUGGAAGCUUGAUGAGAUUUUGCUAAGGAUUAGAGAAUACGGGUAUGUGGCAGAAACUAAUUAUGUGUUCCAUGAUAUAGGACCGGAGGAGAAGGAGAAUGCACUGUGUUAUCAUAGUGAGAAGCUUGCAGUGGCUUUUGGUUUGAUCAGUACACAAGAUGGCACUUGUAUAAGCGUGAAUAAGAAUCUUAGAAUAUGUGGGGAUUGUCAUGUUGUGAUUAAGCUCAUUUCAAAGAUAUAUGAGCGGGAGAUUAUUGUGAGAGACAGGACUCGUUUCCACAGAUUCAAAGAUGGGGCUUGUUCUUGUAAAGAAUACUGGUGA